ACCCCUUUCUCUUCCAAGGAAGGAGCUUUGGAGACAAUUAACAUCUUCAGUAGUGAAUUCAAGAGAAAUUCCUCCCGGAAUCAGAAAACUUUAAGAAAUUAAGAAGAAACCUCAAAUAUAGCUAUAUUCAAAGUUCUGAAUGGCGGUUGACGGGAGCUUUUCACUUGAAUCGGAACUACGGAGGUUUCUUGAUCGUUGUCCGAAGCUCAAGUCAGUUCCCAGCUUCGGUAAUUUGCUAGAGAAGGGUGACAAAAUCACAGAAGAUGAGGUGGUGCUGGCGGUGGGAGAACUGGUUCUGCACCCAAAUUACACAAUUCCGUUGCUGGGAUGCUUCAGGCCUAUAGCACAGAAGAUUGUUGAGAGGAGUGUGCAUUUGCUUCACUUGGUGCCGAAUUUGAGGUCAGAUGAUGAUAGUAAUGCAGAAGGUUUCGAUGAAGAAGAGUUUCUCAGAGAAGAUGAAAAUGUAGAUAGUCCAGAGGUAGCUCAUGUUAUUGAUGUUUAUGUGAGAAGAAGGAAGGCCUUGCGUCUUCACGAACUUGCAUGUCUCGCCUUCUGCCGUGCCCUUGAUUUGAUACCUUUGCUUUUGGGGUCCAUUUUAAAUUAUUUUAAAGUUGCUCCUUCUCCAUUUGAAAGAAUUGUGCAAUGUACAUCAGUUUCCAAGGCACUAUCCGGGGGGCCCAGUCAGUUGUUAAAUGUUGUCCGAGCAUCAUAUCGUUUCCUUAUAUUGGAGCCGGCUGUCUUCACUACGUUAUGGGAUUGGUCCUGUUUUUUGGACAUUGUACAGCAGUCCGCAGACCUUACCCUGGUUAAUGAUGCUAUGUUAAGAAAUAUUUUGUUUGACAUGAGAUGGUGCAGUGUUGGCAUUGUGUCGAGAGCUUUGAGAUUAAGUUUUAAGGCAUCUGCAAACCUUAAUACUGACUCUGAAGAAGCUUUUAAGAGUUUUUUGCGUUGGCAAGAAUUUUGUAUGGAUGUAUCUUUUGAGAAAGGGGGUUGGCAUCUUGAAUAUUUGGCAGAUGACGCUGGGGCAGUUGGAAGAAAAGACAGCUCAUGCUCUUCAAUGACUGAUAAGAUUGUGCCCUCAAAUCAUAUUAGCAUGCAGGGUACAGGAAGUCCUGGAAUACCCUUUGUCUUGACAUCUGCUCUGAGAAAAGGUUUUGAGAUGAUCUCUUUAGCUGUUAGUCAGAGGUGGCCUGUGCUUCUUUAUGGUCCUGCUGGUGGUGGGAAAACUGCCCUUAUUUUCAAGUUGGCCCAUGACUAUGGUAGUAAAGUUUUGUCCAUUCACAUGGACGAGCAGGUUGAUGGGAAAACAUUGCUUGGGACUUAUGUCUGCACGGAGAAACCUGGUGAAUUCAGAUGGCAACCUGGUUCUCUCACUCAGGCGGUCCUGAAUGGUUUUUGGGUUGUCUUCGAAGAUAUAGAUAAAGCACCAUCUGAUAUUAUAUCGAUCUUGUUACCUUUGUUGGAAGGUGCAAUUACAUUCUCAACUGGCCAUGGGGAGGCAGUAAGAGUAAACCAAAGUUUUCGGUUAUUUUCAACUGUGACAAGCUCAAAUCCAGAUGCAUCUCGUUUUAGUGAAGGUCGGAAUUCACUUGGUGCUGUUUGGAGGAAGAUAAUGAUUGCGCCACCCAGUAAGCAGGAUCUGAUGAAUAUUGUUUUACAGUGGUACCCAGAACUGGAGUACCUUGCCCUAAAACUCAUAGAAACCUUUGAAAGGGUAAACCAGCUUACAAAUUUUCAAUUAGGAUUGAUAUCAUCUUCAAGUUCUAAUGGGAGGUUCACUCUAAGGGAUCUUCUUAAGUUCUGCAAAAGAGUUGCAAGUUUGGUUUCCUGCUCUGGACAUGAAACACUCACCUCUUAUGUGUGCGAAAACAUUUGUAAAGAGGCAAUAGAUGUUUUUGCAUCCUUUUCUACUUCGGCCGCAAAUCGACUGGCUAUCAUGAGAGAGAUUGCUAGGUUGUGGGGUGUUAUAGCAGCUGAGACUUUGUAUCCUGUUAACAAGCCUGUAAUUCAGGAACUGAAAUCUGAGUUCCGAAUUGGGCGAUGUAACCUUCAACAUGCUGAAAUGGCACCGAAUAGGAAUAAGAAGCCGUUUGUUGAACUCCGUAGCUCAGUACAUGCACUUGAGAGAAUUGCUUGCUCUGUUAAGUAUAAUGAGCCCGUACUAUUGGUUGGUGAAACAGGCACUGGGAAAACUACUCUUGUUCAGACACUUGCCACAAGGCUUGGUCAGAAACUUACAGUUUUGAAUUUAAGUCAGCAGAGUGAUGUUGCUGACCUGUUAGGAGGGUUCAAACCUGUGGAUGCCGGGCUUGUUUGUAUUCCUCUAUAUCAGGAGUUUAUAACUCUGUUCACUAACACCUUUCCUUCAAAGGACAAUGACAUAUAUCUUACCCGUAUGAGGAAAUUUGUACAUGAGAAGAACUGGAAAAUGUUGUUAAGAGGAUUCCAGAAAUGCAUCAGCAGAAUAGUUGAAAUAAGAAAACCCAGUUCCGGUAAGAAGCGGAAGAGACCUUUAAGUGAAGAACUACUGAAAGCUUGGGAAAUAUUUUCAGCAAACCUUGAAAGGGCGCAUGCACAGGUUAGUGCAUCAGAUGGAAUGGUUUUUUCGUUUGUGGAAGGAGCUUUUAUUGAAGCCAUGAAAAAUGGUGAAUGGGUAUUGUUAGAUGAAGUAAAUUUGGCUCCUCCAGAGAUCUUGCAGCGAGUUACUGGGGUCCUCGAAAAUGAGAGAGGGUCUGUAUGCUUGGCUGAAAGAGGAGAUAUAGAAUAUAUUCAUCGGCAUCCCAACUUCCGAAUGUUUGCUUGCAUGAACCCUGCUACUGAUGCUGGUAAAAGGGACUUGGCAGUUUCUUUGAGGAGCAGAUUUACAGAAUACUUUGUUGAUGAUGUAUUAGAUGAUGAAGACUUGGUUUUGUUCAUUAAUCAGUUUAUUGAUGAUGACCCGUCAUAUAGAAAACUAGUAAGUCAAAUCAUGGGAUUUUACAAAGCAGCAAAGGAAUCAGAGGAAAGACUACAGGAUGGGGCUAAUCAGAAGCCUCAUUACAGUUUACGCUCUCUAUACCGGGGACUGGAAUAUUUAAAGAAGGCUAAAAGAAAAUUUGGAUUGGAAAAAUCUAUUUAUGAUGGAUUCUGUAUGUUCUUUAUGAAUUCAUUAGAUGACCCUAGUGCAAGAUCAAUGAACACUUUAAUCUAUAAGCAUCUAUUAGGAAGUCGAUCACUUCAGUCGCUCCCUUUUCAUGAAUACUUGGCGGUCAAAACACACUCAACUGAUAAUGAUAUAUUGAAGAGCUAUGUUCUUACUAAGAGUGUCAAGGAACAUCUUAAGAAUCUUGCGCGAGCUAUUUUUAUUGGAAGAUAUCCUGUCUUGUUGCAGGGACCCACAUCUAGCGGGAAGACUAGCCUGGUUUGCUAUCUGGCUGCAAUUACUGGUCAUGAAUUUGUGAGAAUUAAUAAUCAUGAACACACUGAUCUUCAAGAAUAUCUUGGUUCUUAUAUAACUGAUGCAAGUGGAAAGCUCGUCUUCCAUGAAGGUGUCCUGGUAAAAGCUGUUCGUAAAGGUCAGUGGAUUGUUCUCGAUGAACUUAACUUGGCUCCCUCAGAUGUCCUUGAAGCACUGAAUCGGUUGCUAGAUGAUAAUAGGGAACUUUUUGUUCCUGAGCUCCAAGAAACAAUUUGUGCUCAUCCAAAUUUUAUGUUGUUUGCAACUCAAAAUCCACCCGGUGUUUAUGCGGGUCGCAAAAUGCUAUCUAGAGCCUUCCGCAAUCGUUUUGUGGAGAUUCAUGUUGAUGAAAUACCACAAGAGGAGCUGAGCACAAUUCUGGAACAAAGGUGCAAUGUUGCUGGAAGCUAUGCGAAAAAAAUGGUUGAUGUGAUGAAGGAGUUGCAUUUGCAUAGGCAGAGUAGCAAUGUUUUUGCUGGAAAACAUGGAUUUAUCACUCCACGUGACUUGUUUCGAUGGGCUGAUCGUUACAAGGAAUAUGUAAAAUCUUAUGAGGAACUAGCUUAUGAAGGUUACUACUUAAUGGCUGAAAGGCUGCGUGAUGAUGCCGAAAAAAGAGUUGUUAAAGAAGUUUUGGAGAGGCAAUUAAGGGUCAAACUUUCUGAUGCAAAAUUAUACAAGCAGGACGAAAAAGGUCGAGAUGUCUUUUUGCAGUCCAAGGAUUAUAAAAAUCCUGAAAGUGUUGGGAAAAUUAUUUGGACAAAGAGUCUAUGGAGAAUGUAUUUUCUGGUCGAACGGUGUUAUCAGAUGCGUCAGCCUGUCCUCCUUGUGGGUGAAACUGGAGGAGGGAAAACAACAGUAUGCCAGUUGCUUAGUAUCAUGAAGGAGUCCAAGUUACAUAUACUGAAUUGCCAUCAGUACACAGAGACAUCUGAUUUUCUUGGGGGUUUUUAUCCUGUACGCGAGAGAUCAAGAAUUAGCUUGGACUUUCAGAAUCUUUGUGAGAGGCUUGCCCAGUCAAAGGCUUUUAUACAUUUUCCUGGAGAUGCUAAAAUUUCUGUGGACAUCAACCAGGCCUCUCAGACUCUCAAUGUGCUCUCUCUAAUUAUCAAAAGCUACAAAGAGCAUUCUGUGUUGAAUCCUGAAGUCAAUGCGAAUGAACUAAAAUUCAUUGAAAUUAUUAAGGAGGAAAUGUACCAGCUUCUAGAGAAGUGGCGGACAAUUUUUACGUGGCAAGAUGGUCCACUUGUUCAAGCAAUGAAGAAUGGCGACCUGUUUCUUGUUGAUGAGAUUUCUUUAGCUGAUGACAGUGUUCUUGAAAGAUUAAACAGCGUCCUGGAGCCAGAAAGGAAACUGUACUUGGCUGAGAAAGGAGGCUCUGACCUUGAGAACAUAGUCGCUCAUGAGAAAUUUUUUCUUCUGGCUACAAUGAAUCCUGGUGGAGACUAUGGUAAGAAAGAACUGUCACCUGCUCUUCGCAAUCGAUUCACAGAAAUAUGGGUUCCUUCUGUUACUGAUAUUGAUGAACUUAAAAGUAUUGCUAAUGAGAGAAUUUUGGAGCCAAACCUUCCUCACAUUGUGGAUGUCAUGCUAAGCUUUUGGGAGUGGUUCAACCUUUUGCAGACAGGAAAAAUUCUUACUGUGAGAGAUCUGUUAUCUUGGGUCUCAUUUAUUAACGUGUCAGCAAGAAAUUUAUCAGCCGAGUCUGCAUUGGUACACGGGGCAUUCCUCGUUCUGCUGGAUGGACUUAGCUUGGGUUCAAAUAUAUCAAAAGCUGAAGCUGCAGAGUUGAGGAUGAGAUGCCUUUCUUUCCUGCUGGAGAAACUCAAGGAGAGUGCAACAAGUUUUGAUCCCUCGGGUCUUGAUGGACUGGAGUCUUAUGGUUGGGCUGAUCCGGAAAGCUCUACUAUUUUAACUGCUGCUGAUAACAUGGAAUGUGACAGUCUCUUUGGAAUCCAUCCAUUCUACAUUGAGAAAGGUACUGAUUGUGUUGUUGCAGAGGGUUUUCAAUUUUUGGCCCCAACCACUCAGAAGAAUACUAUGAGAGUGCUGCGUGCUAUGCAGCUUAAAAAGCCUGUCCUUUUGGAAGGAAGUCCAGGUGUUGGGAAAACAAGUUUAGUCGCUGCCCUCGGCAGGUUCUCUGGGCACACUGUUGUACGAAUUAAUCUGUCUGAGCAGACUGACAUCAUGGAUUUAUUGGGGUCAGAUCUGCCUGUUGAAAAUGAUGAAGGAAUGCAGUUUGCCUGGUCCGAUGGUAUCCUACUUCAGGCUUUGAAGAAUGGAUCAUGGGUCUGCCUGGAUGAACUUAAUCUUGCGCCACAGUCUGUUUUGGAGGGUUUGAAUGCUAUUUUGGAUCAUCGGGCUGAAGUUUUUAUUCCUGAGCUGGGCCGUUCUUUCAAGUGUCCGGCAUCUUUCAGAGUUUUUGCAUGUCAAAACCCUUCCUAUCAAGGUGGUGGCCGGAAAGGACUUCCUAAGUCUUUCCUAAACCGGUUUACUAAGGUCUAUGUUGAUGAGCUGGUUGAUGAAGAUUAUCUUUCAAUAUGUAGCUCACUAUUUCCAUCCCUCGAAAGAUCUCUUCUCUUGAAGUUGGUUCAGUUUAACAAAAAGUUAUAUCAAGAGACCAUGAUGGAUCACAAAUUUGGUCAAGAUGGUUCCCCAUGGGAAUUUAAUCUCCGUGAUGUGAUUCGUUCUUGCCAAAUUAUUGAAGAUGCGUCUGGGAAGUCAAAAUUUGACAGUUUCUUGAGCGCCAUUUACCUACAAAGAAUGCGCACAUCAGCUGAUCGGGUAGAAGUUAUUAAAUUGUAUGAACAAACAUUUGGAUUGAAGCCAUACAUUAACCUGCACCCUAAAGUCAAGCUCACUCCUGAUUCAUUGAUUGUUGGAGAUGUAUCUAUUGAAAGGUACCAGUUUCAGUCAUCUGGGACAUCCCAUAACAACCUUAAGAUUUUGCCUGGAUUACGCCAUUCCUUAGAAGCUAUUGCCCGUUGUGUAAAGCAUCAGUGGUUAUGCAUUUUAGUUGGUCCUCCAGCAUCUGGUAAGACUUCGCUGGUAAGACUACUUGCUGAGUUGACAGGAAAUGUACUUAAUGAAUUGAAUCUUUCAUCUGCAAGUGAUAUAUCUGAGAUACUUGGAUCCUUUGAGCAAUAUAAUGCCUCCCGUCACUAUCAUCUCGUUGUUGCUCAAGUGGAAAGGUAUAUGAAUGAGUACUGCAACUUGCAACUGGAAUCGUCCUCUGAGACUUUCAUUCAAAGGAAGGAUAUUAGUGCUCGGUGGCUUGCCUUCUUAUCUAAGAUAAAUAGGUCAGCAGCCUUCAUAGAGAAUCCAAUAACAAGCGAAUCUAUGGCACAGUUGACUGACAUUAUUGAAUGUCUGAAGCUGGAUCUUGACAAACGAGCAUUGCCUCUUUCUUGGUCUCAGAAGGAUCUGGACAGCACCCUAGGUAUGAUUAGAAAAUUGGAAGAUCAUCAGAGAAGUCAAAAGUCUGUGAAAUUUGAAUGGGUUACUGGAUUACUGAUCAAGGCUAUAGAAAAUGGGGAAUGGAUUGUUUUAGAAAAUGCGAACCUCUGCAAUCCGACGGUUCUUGAUAGGAUUAACUCAUUGGUUGAACAAUCUGGAUCUAUUACCAUUAAUGAAUGUGGGACUGUAGAAGGAAAGCCAGUGGUUCUUCACCCCCAUCCUAAAUUUAGAAUGUUUUUAACUGUUAAUCCCAGCUUUGGUGAAGUGUCACGAGCAAUGAGAAAUAGAGGGGUUGAAAUAUGUAUGAUGCAACCGGAUUGGCUGCCAGACCAGAUGUGUGCUAAAGUUCAUAGUGAGAUGGAGCUAAGAGAAAUAAAGAGAUUUAUUGCUAUUUCUGGAAUUCCUAUGGGUAGGUUGGUUGAUAUGAUGGCCAAGGCUCAUCUGUUUGCCAAGCAUGAAGGAUCCCGUUGUAAUAUAAGCAUCACUUAUCUGGAGCUUUCACGCUGGGUGCAGUUGUUCCAGCGGCUUAUUACAAAUGGAAACCAGACUGUUUGGAGCAUCCAGAUUAGUUGGGAGCACACAUAUCUUUCAUCUUUUGGUGAGGAAAAGGGAAAAAACAUUGUUUCUGAAGCAGCUAGUUCUUACUUAUCCAGGUCUGAACUUUACAAUUUCACGUCAUCUGAAGAUUUCUUGCUAUGCGUACCAGGAGGAUGGCCAAAUCCUUUGAAAUUAAGUGAUUUUGUCUUUUACUCAAAAGAUGCUUGUGUUAGACAGAAUAUCAUGUAUUUGGAAUCAUUAGGAAUUGAAAUUGCAUCCUCCGCAUUUAUCGAUAACUUGAAGAGAGUUUCUAAGGUAAGAACUCCUCCUAAAGGAAGCUCAAAGAUGAUUCACCUGAUGGAUGCUAUGUCAUUGCAUAGAUUUAUGUUUCCUAAGGAUACAAACAGCAUAAUUGCAAAUUAUGAUGCUGGAGAUGAGUUGCGGUUGGUUUUAGCUCAAAAGAAGAAAAAGCUAUACUUUGCUGCUGACUGGGUAAUGGAACAAGCUACUGACAGUGACUAUUGUCUUUACGUUAGGUGGUUUGAGUGGUUUGGUUCUGAGUUGCAGCCAUCCCUUCCAUUUUUCAGUUGGUUUUCAGAUUUACUGAAAAAGGAACUUCAGCAUCCUAUCUGGACAAGAAUAUUUCAACUGCGUAGUGAUCUUUUUUCUCUAAGUGAUUUGGACAUCAAAUCAAUAUCCAGCCCUAUACUCUCUGUUAACUCUAUUGAUGUCUGCUCAUCUGAUGGUGUAUUAAACCAGCAUCAUAUCCACCUAAGAAGCUUGAUCAAGUGUGUAAUGUUAUUGAGACAUAGUCUUCAACAAUGGAGCAAAGAGAAUGAGUAUAAUCAUGCUCACAAAACUAAGCAUUUUGAAUCUAUUCUUACUUCGCUGCGACGAAUGGAGGAGAAAGUGCUUGAUUUUUUUGUUGAAUCCACCUCUUUUGAUAUGCUGUUUAGGUCAUAUACUGAUCUCCUUGAACACCACAUGCUCUUCUGGAACAGUAUCGAUCCACCUCAGAUUGAGCGUCGGGUGAUCUCUUGGCAGUUGUUAUUGAAAGAUGCAGUGAAACUGAAGGAUAUUUGUCCUGCAGAAGCAGAACAAUUUAAGGAUAUUCUCAUGAUUGAGAUCAGAAAACUUGAGGCCAGCUCAUCCUUAUGCUUGAAUUCAAGCAAAUCCUUGCUCUGGAAGCAUGGUGGGCAUCCAAUUUUGCCUUCAUCUGCUGACUUACACCAAAAGCAAGGCCAAUUUUCUGACCUUUGUGAGGAAAUGUGGCCAAGAAUUAGCAAGUUUAUGGAACCAGUCUCGUUUCCUGAAAUCUCCAUGGAUGGGAAUAAAUUUCACGAAGUUGCUGUAGAUGGCAUAUUGUUUUCUGAUGUGGAACUUCGCGUUCUUGCAAUGCAAGGAGUUUGCAUGUCAACAUAUAUUGUCGACAAAGUGAAUGAUAAUGGUUUUGAAACUACACAGCAGUUAGAGGAAAUGCAUCAGAUGCUUUUGGAAAGGUGGGAUUUUGAAAAGCAGAAGUUGAAAGUGAAGUUGGAGAGUACUAAACUUCUCCCUGCACUCUGUUCUGCUUGUUGCGGUGUUACACCUGAUAUAUUGCAUAGAAGGUCUGGCUUAGAUUGUUGGAUAAGGACACAGCCUAUUGUUGAUGAGACAAGUCUUUGCCUUGACUUGGAACUACUGAAACACCUAACAAAGAAUGUUGUGGUUGAUGUCGAAGAACAACACAGCGCUUUGUUAGAUUUGUCUGGGCUAUUAAAGUCAUCUUUGAGCUUCUCAUUGGAUUAUUCUGCAAGGCCUCUGAUAGACUUCUUGCCUCACCAAAAAAUUUUAUGGACCCUGGAUGCCUGGGAAUCAGUGAAAGGAGCAAAUGAAAAAAUCUCUAGUUUCAUUCUGGAGAUGUGGUUUAGAUGGCAUGCAACUCUCUGGGAAGUCUGCCCUAUUCUUGCCAAGGCCCUUCCUCAGAAUGAAGAGUACAACAUUCUGCUGCCUCAGAAGCUCUUUUGGCCUCUUAAAUUGACUAUGGUUGACGAGAUCAUGAAAAAUGUAGACCCCAUUAGAGACUACCACUUGCAUAAGUUCAAGCUUAGAGCUACUUGUCGCAGUAUUUGGCAGAGUUCUGAAAACGUAAUUGGUUCAGGUGGCAUGUUUCUCUCUGCUGCGCGGUCUCUCUUCCAGCAGAUUAUUUGCGCUCACAAAAAGUCAUUUGAGGAUUCAAGAUAUGUUAGCAUCAAAGCAACUCUUUGUUCUAUCCAGGAAUUAAGUAACCCAAUGGAAAAUAUAAAGGCCGUGGUCUCGCUUUUGGCAUCAUCAAAUCACCGUGUAUUCACAUCCUUGAUCAAUCCUUAUAUUGAGCCACUGCUUAGAGAACUCUAUCCUGUGUGCCCAUCUGAUGAUAUCCAGAGUGUUGGGUGUUCUCUGUUACGAAUUGGGGGCCUGCGUUAUAAUCUUUUGGUCCGCUGUGCUGACUUGGAUCCUACUUUAAAGUACUCUAUCAAGUAUUCAGAACUAACAGCCAAAAUAGCUUUGCUUGAGACAGAGAUUGAGGUUAGGCAAGAAUGUAUCUAUUUAGCUGGAAAUACACAUCAGUCAGAAGAUGAUAGUUUCAGAAUCAAUUUGCUAGAUAAACUCAAAGCUGAAAAGAUGAUGCUCCGAAGAAAGAUGGUCUUCCGCUCAAAUCCUGGAAAAUUUAAGGAGUUGAAGUAUCUGUGUAACGAUUUUCUUAAGUCGGUUACAGCUAUUGUUGAAUGGAUCAAGAGUGUCAAAAGCUUGAAAGUAGAAGAGGUCACUAACCAAGUGCACAAUUGGCAGGAUAUGACUUCCCAUUUCAUUCACCAGUUGUCGAAAUACUCCGAAUACAUUGAUAUAACUGAACCUGUUCAAGUUGCAAUAUAUGAAAUAAAAUUAGGAUUGUCAUUAAUUAUAUCUGAUGUACUCAGCAGAAGGUAUCUGCCUAGUCGCGAGCAGAGUAUGGAAUCUGUUUUGAGCACAAUUCACAAGUUUGUUAGGUUCCCCAGAGUUUGUACAUCUGAAAGAGACUUUAUCGAUCUUGGAAGGAAGGCCCAACUCUUCAUAAGUGAUAUUGAAUGGCCAACAAUUGUUGAAGAAAAAGAUAUCUAUAUACUGCAGAACAUUGUUGAGUUAACUGGUGAUACUGUUUCAACUGGAGAGACUUCUUCUCAUGCAACGGCAUCAACCUUGCCCUUUAAGGUUUCUGUUUACCACAAUGUUCUGGCUCGACUUAAAGACUCUGUUGCUGGUGCUCGAUUUCUUAGCGCUUCUUCCUUUAAGCUUUUGCAUGAGAUCUUCCAUGAAAUUGCAAGUCUUUGGAUGAAGCAUCGGGCAAAGUCAUCUGACGAUGAUCAAUCUCAGCAAUUCAAGUUCAAAGCCAGAAUAUUUAAGAUGGAGAGUAUUAUUGAAAUUGAUGUUUCCAACUGCGCAAAUCUUCUUGGAAAUGAUAGCUUCUCUGAGUGGCAGGAACUUCUCUCUGAAGAACUAGAUGACAAGAUCAGGGUCAACGAGGAAGAUGAAGCUCUGGAGCAAGAAUGGAAUGCUCAGGAAUCUGAUUUGGAUGGCAUUGUCAACAUACACAACCAGUUAUUUGGUUCAAUUGAUCUUGUUCAAAGACCUUGCAGUAUUGAAGUGUCAGAUGUGGAUAGGUUGUCUUCCUUUUGUAGCUCUUACAUGCUGGGGAUGAAGUUGACUCGAGAUAUGAGAGGUUUAUUUUCCUCAAGUUUUGAUGCCAAGAUUGCACCUGAACACUUACUCCGUCUCUGUUUGGAGCAUGAUGACAAGUUCAUUCUUCACAAAUCAACUUGUGCAUACAAUUUCUACAAGGAUUCAAAUUCACCCAUGCUGGCCAAAUUGGUGGAACCGGUUACACAUCUUAAACAGCGAAUUCUUUUCCUCCUAAAAGAAUGGGAUGAUCAUACUGUUCAUCAUCUUUCUCUCAUGAAAAUUGUAGAAGUUGUUGAUAUGAUCCUCGCUCUACCACUUGAUACACCUCUGGCGAAGGCUCUCUCGGCUUUGGAAUUUCUGAUUAACAGGAUUCGAAAUAUCCAAGAAACGGUCGCCAAAUUUCCACUCUCUGAUCAAUUGGAACCUAUUUUUGCUCUGGUUUCCUCAUGGCAUAGGUUGGAGUUUGAAGCAUGGCCUUCAUUGCUUAAUGAAGUUCAGUCUCAUUUUGAGAAGAACGCUGGAAAACUAUGGUUUCCAUUGUAUUCUGUUUUCCUACGAGAUCCUGAUGACAAUGUUGAUCGAUACGUGAGCUCAAUGAUUGAAAGCCUGGAAGAAUUCUUCAAGACAUCCACCAUUGGUGAAUUUAGAAAGCAAUUGCAGUUGCUUCUUUCAUUCCAUGGACAGAUAAGCAACAAUUUGAACUGUAGAUCUUAUAUAAGCCAUUACCAAGAGGAGAAUGUGAAAAUACUCUACAAUACGUUUGGCUUUUAUGUGCAAUUACUGCCUCAGGUUCUGGAUCAUAUCAGUGAAAAUAGAAAAAGCAUUGAAAAAGAGUUGAAUGAGCUUUUGAAGUUAUGUCGUUGGGAUCGUGUUGAUAAUCAUAUGGCCAUUGAGAACUUCAAAAGAACUAGGCUGAAACUACGAAAGAUAGUAAAGAAGUAUACGGAUCUACUCCAACAACCUCUCAUGGAAUUCAUUGGUCAAGAAUCCUCGCAAAGUGUGAUCAGGACCCAUCCUGGCCAAAAGUUCAUGCUUGACCAAUUUGAGGUCAUCAAGAGUAUCAUUGAUACAGCUUGUAAUGAGGCUGAAUCUAUAGCUGAGAACGGUUCUGCAUGGUUUGCUGAUUGGUGGAAGAGGCUGGAGAGAGUAGGGGAGAUAUCUAGUGGCAUCAAGGAUGAUACACCUUCACAAUCUUCAUGCUUUUACUCGGAAGCAAAGGAACAGUUAUGGCAUACAAUUGUAAAAUUAUGUGCCACUGUUGUACACUGUGGUGAAUUUUGGGAAGAUAAAACUAAGAAGUCUGGAAAGAAGAGGGCAUUCGCUGACCUUCUAAGCCUCCUUGAUAGUUGUGGCUUGUCCAAGCAUAGAAAACCUAUCGAGGGUCAAUCCGACAGAUCACAUUCUUGGCUUCUCCAGCCGUCUUAUGAAGUGCAGCAUUUGCUUCUGAGGCAAGGUGAUGAUGUUCAAAGCGGUGUCAGUGUUGAUACCCGUCAUACUUCUUUUGAAACCAUAUGGAGAAUGGCGAAUAAGUUCUACUACAAGAACAUCGCAUCAUUUAAGAUUUUGGAGAAAAUAUGUCUGAAUUUUCAUAAAGAUCUUCAACUAAUAGAGGUCGAGAGGUCGGGUUCUUAUGUCGAUCAUCUUAUUGAGAUUCAACAAGAACAAAGAGCUGUUUCCUAUAAUUUUGCACAUGAUCUCAAGCGCUUGAGACAAUGCAUGUGGCCUUUGGCGAAUUUAUCCUCAAGCUUGACCAUCUCAGCUACAGAGAAAGUUAGCGAGUUUAGCAAGAACCAGAAUGCUACUUUCAGAUGCAUGUGGUUACAAAAGCAACUCUUUGAUGGUUUCUGCACUUUGCUAUACGAGGAACAUUUAUUGCUACAAAAAGUUGUAAACAAUCACCUAGAUACCUGUUCUCUUGUCAAACGUGAAGCAGAAAAGAUCCGAGUAUUCAUUCAGAAAGUCCUUCCAGACUUUCAGAAAGCUAAGAAUAAACUGGAUCAGCAUCUUCUUGGAAGUUGUGAAGACAUCACUAUAGGCGGUGUUGCAUUGCAUCCAUAUGGUGUUACAGGAGAAAUGGAAGAGCAGGUGAAUGAUAACUUCAAGAUGAUUAACACAUUCGAAAAGGAUCUCUCGGUUUACAGUGGGAAUGGCUCUGUCAAAAUCCUUCUCGGGCAUUUUCAAGAUCUAUUUGCAAAGGCUCAUAAUGCUGAAGAGUCCCAUUUAUCUUCUCAAGCAAGAAAAUCAUCAGUGAAUGCGGAUUUUAGUGGUGAGAAGGAUAUAAAGGAGCUUGAAUCAGAUUUCGAAGCUGCCCUCUUGCAAACGAAUAAGCGCAUCCUUAAUAUACUUCAGAGCACUGGAUCUCCGAACUAUGAUUCUGCUUCAACUGAACAAUCACAAAUAAAGAUGAUGGAGUGGAAGAUUAUAUUUGAGAAAGAUAUCGAACUUCUGCAGUUAGACCUGAUAUAUGAGGAUGUGACGAGAACAAUUCAGUGUGCUGGAGAACUUCUCAACUAUUCUGGAGGAAAAGAUCCUUGUGUGAAUUCAAUUUGCACAAAGUUGAAACGACUGCAUGCCUUGUUGGAUAUGAUGCUCGCUUUUGGUGAUAAAGUUCUGCAGGAUUUUCUAGUCGCGCAUAGCAUGGUGUCCAAAAUGACGUAUGGACUUGCGAACAUUCUUGCUUCGUUGUUCUCGAAAGGUUUCGGUACCAUUGAAGAGCAGGAAAACGAUAACUCGAACGAGGUGACUCAAGAUGCAAGUGGAACUGGUAUGAGUGAGGGUGCAGGAGUGAAUGAUGUCAGUGAUCAAAUCCAAGAUGAAGAUCAGCUCCUCGGAGCUUCCGAUAAGCCAAAUGAGGAGCGUAAUGAUGACAUGCCGAGUAAAAACGAGAAAGGGAUAGAGAUGGAGCAGGAGUUCGAUGGCGAUAUGGUCAGUGUGAGUGAGGAUUCAGGAGAUGAUGAAAACGAUGAUAAUGGGGAGGAUGAGCAAAUAGAGUCUGCCAUGGGAGAAGUAGGUGAUAAGAGCGACGUAGUUGAUGAGAAACUCGGUGACACAAACGAGGAUGAGGAUCGCUGCGCGAACGAGAAGUACGAACAGGGUGCACCGGUGAAAGAUCAAGCUCAAGAUGAAGAGCUUCGAGCCAAGGAAGAUUCUGAAGCCACGAAAGAAGAUGCCAUUGAUCUUGAUGCAAAAGAAGCUGGUGAACCUAACGAGGAAAAUGGAGACGAAGAAGGCGUUGAUGGUGAAGAAGAUAUGAAGGUAGACAAGGAUGAUGCAUAUGCAGAUCCUACUGGGGUGAAUCCCGAUGUCGAGGAUAAAAUGCCGGAGGAGGAAGAAACGCCCGUGGAGGAAUUGGAUGGUACCGAACCAAUGGAAGACGGCGAAGCAGAAGAUGUGGAUGAUUCCGAUGCGCAGAAUGAGGAAAAUGCCGAUGAAUUCAUGGAAGAGGCGGACCCCGAGAACCCUGAUGGGAAUGGCCCCGAAAAUGAUAAAGAAUCGAAUGCUAAGAUGCCGGAGCAAGAUGUUAUGCAAUCUGACCCUAAUGAUAAUGCUGCUCAAUCUGCUGGGAAGUCGACAGAUGACCUUGCUGCUACAGCCGAACAAGGCAACUCUGCUCCGGACGACAAAUAUUCUGAUCCGAGUGAACUUAAAGACAACCUUGCUCCGACAAAUGGGCAGCCUAAUGCCUCUGACCUUGAAGUAAAGGUUGCUGACUCCACAAAUGGCCAACAAUUGAGCAACGAACAAUCGCGGACUUCGUUGACUCCUUCAGAGCCGCGUAUUCAGAAUACUCAGCCUAACCCUUGUCGGAGUGUUGGUGAUGCUCUUGACGGGUGGAAAGAGAGAGUGAAAGUCUCAGUCGACCUUCCCAACCAAGUUGAGAAUUCAGAUGAUAUGGUGGAAGAUGCUGACGACUACGGCUACACUGCAGAGUUCAAGGAGGGGACAGCUCAGGCACUCGGACCUGCAACGGCUGAACAAGUCAAGGGCGAUAUCGCUCAGAAUGAGACAGAAACCGAUGUAGGAGGUUCUGAUGCGAGGGAUCACGCCGCUGAAAUCGAGAUUGAAAAGAGCACAUCCGAAACCAAUCCGAUUGUAAAUUCUGCUCUGUAUUCUGCAAAUGAUGCCAGCAAGCAGCAAGGAACAGCAGAUAUGGAGGAGGAGGAUGGAGAAUCCAUGGAAGUUGACGAUGACUAUAGUCGAGACGAGACUACCAUGUCGGAGGGUCUGGUAUCCGUAAAGAGGUCGUACAUCAGCGAAGAAAUUCGUCAAAUUAGCAUGUCAGCAAUGAGCGAUGAUGAUGAUGAGCUCGGUAAAGGUAGUAAGUUUGAGCCCUCCGCUGAUACAAGGGAUGAUGCCGCCAUUCUUUGGCGAAGAUACGAAUCACUUACGACGAGAUUGUGUCAGGAAUUAGCUGAACAAUUGCGUCUCGUGAUGGAGCCUACUUUAGCUAGCAAGCUACAAGGUGAUUACAGGACUGGUAAAAGGAUCAACAUCAAGAAGGUGAUUCAAUAUAUCGCCAGCCAUUACCGGAAAGAUCGGAUAUGGCUGAGGCGGACGAAGCCGAGCAAGCGUGACUACCAAGUCGUGAUUGCAGUGGACGACUCCCGCAGUAUGUCAGAAGGCCGUUGCGGAAGUUUUGCCAUGGAAGCACUCGUGACAGUCUGCCGCGCAAUGUCCCAGCUGGAAGUCGGGAAUCUGGCAGUCGCGAGCUUCGGGCAGCAGGGCAACAUCAGAUUACUCCACGAUUUUGACCAACCGUUCACUGCCGAGGCUGGAAUCAAGAUGAUCUCAAGCUUUACCUUCAAGCAAGAGAACACGAUCGCAGACGAACCAAUGGCCGAUCUACUCAAGUAUCUGAACAACAUGCUUGAUGCUGCUGUGAUGCAGGCACGGUUGCCGUCUGGCUGCAAUCCUCUAGAGCAGCUCGUACUGAUCAUAGCCGAUGGCCGUUUCAACGAGAAGGAAAAACUGAAACGGCGUGUAAGAGACAUCUUGAGCACUAAACGUAUGGUUGCAUUCCUGCUCCUAGACAGCCCUAACGAGUCCAUCAUGGAUUUUAUGGAAGCAACAGUUAAGGGAGCAGACAUCAAGUUCUCCAAGUACCUCGACUCGUUCCCAUUCCCAUACUACGUUGUCCUCAAGAACAUCGAAGCACUUCCUCGGACGCUUGCGGAUCUCUUGAGACAAUGGUUCGAGUUGAUGCAGUACUCAAGGGACUAAUGUUUCGUACACGAAGAUGUCCGUACAAGGAAAUCGGCCAAGACCCUUGUUUUCAGUUCGUCUCGUCUCGGUUCGAUUCUUGACUCAAUACACAAUCUUAAAUGGGAAACCGAACUCGACUCACCGUGCCCGAAAUCAAAUCAUCGAAAUUUCCUUUAUUAUUGAAAAUUUUGUUGAAAGCUUAUGAUGAGGAAAUUAUUUUUUAUAUUGUUUUGUAUAUGUAUAGCCUCAAUUUUGUAUAGAUAAUAGCCUCAAUAUCUCUCUGUACAGAUCUAUACAUGUACGUAUUGAAAAUAUUGUUGAAAGAUCUUAUAAUGAGUAGUUUUUGUUUA